CGCUGGGCGGCAGAGCGGGCGGCGCAGGCCGGGCUGGGCCCGCGCACGGCGGCGGCAGCGGCGCCCCGGGCCGGAGGCGGCCCAGCCGAGCGGGCCAUGGCUACCGCCAUUCAGAACCCGCUCAAGUCCCUAGGCGAGGACUUCUACCGCGAGGCCAUCGAGCACUGCCGCAGCUACAACGCGCGCCUGUGCGCCGAGCGCAGCCUGCGCCUGCCCUUCCUCGACUCGCAGACCGGCGUUGCUCAGAACAACUGCUACAUCUGGAUGGAGAAGACCCACCGCGGGCCAGGUUUGGCCCCAGGACAGAUCUAUACCUAUCCUGCCCGCUGUUGGCGAAAGAAGCGGAGACUCAACAUCCUGGAGGACCCCAGACUCAGGCCCUGCGAGUACAAGAUCGAUUGUGAGGCACCAUUGAAGAAAGAGGGUGGUCUCCCGGAAGGGCCAGUCCUCGAGGCUCUGCUGUGUGCUGAGACUGGGGAGAAGAAGGUGGAGCUGAAGGAGGAGGAGACUAUUAUGGACUGUCAGAAACAGCAGUUGCUGGAGUUUCCGCAUGAUCUUGAGGUGGAAGACUUGGAGGAUGACAUUCCUAGGAGGAAGAACAGGGCCAAAGGAAAGGCAUACGGCAUCGGGGGUCUCCGGAAACGCCAGGACACUGCUUCCUUGGAGGACCGAGACAAGCCGUAUGUCUGUGAUAUCUGUGGGAAGCGGUAUAAGAACCGGCCAGGGCUCAGCUACCACUACACCCACACCCACCUGGCUGAGGAGGAGGGGGAGGAGCACGCCGAGCGCCACGCCCUGCCCUUCCACCGGAAAAACAACCACAAACAGUUUUACAAAGAAUUGGCCUGGGUCCCCGAGGCACAAAGGAAGCACACAGCCAAGAAGGCACCUGAUGGCACUGUCAUCCCUAAUGGCUACUGUGACUUCUGCCUGGGUGGCUCCAAGAAGACGGGGUGUCCCGAGGACCUCAUCUCUUGUGCAGACUGUGGCCGAUCAGGACACCCCUCGUGUUUACAGUUCACGGUGAACAUGACAGCUGCUGUGCGGACCUACCGCUGGCAGUGUAUUGAGUGCAAGUCCUGCAGCCUAUGUGGCACCUCGGAGAAUGACGACCAGCUGCUGUUUUGUGACGACUGUGAUCGGGGUUACCACAUGUACUGCCUGAGUCCCCCCAUGGCGGAGCCCCCAGAAGGGAGUUGGAGUUGCCACCUCUGCCUGCGGCACUUGAAAGAAAAGGCCUCUGCCUACAUCACCCUCACCUAGGCCUGGCUCUGCUUC